CAGUUGUUUGGUUGUCAAACGUACAUGUUUGUUUUCGUGUUCGUGGGCUGGAUUUGAUUUGCGAAAAUGUAUUUCUAUUUAGAUUCUUGAUUAUUUAUUGAAUUUUAUAAGUAGUUGUCUAUCGAAGUAACAUUAGUGAAUAAAGUAUUACAUUAAACUAUGACAGAGAAAGAAGAUGACACCAAAAAACCUGAUACAGAAACAUUAGACGACGAAGCUCUAGAGAAACUAGCCGUCGAGGAGCUAAUGCGGGAAGCAGUGCAAGGAGCUGCCAGAGCUGAAAUAGUUGGCCCCUCCGGUUGGGUUAAAGUGCCACAACAAAAAACGAAUAAACGAUUCCUCGUUAAUACGCUCAGGCAUGCUGUAAAUUCUAACAAGUACCAUAGUUCAAGAAACAGCCGCAAGCAACCCUAUAACAGAUCACCUAAACGUGACAGGUACCCUGAGCCUUCUAUAAAAAAAGACAGACCAAAAAAUAGAUAUUAA